AUGAGGCCUAUUUUUUGUGGAAAUUUUGAAUAUGAUGCCCGGCAGUCGGAGUUGGAGCGGCUUUUUAGACGAUACGGGAAGGUUGAUAGGGUGGAUAUGAAGUCUGGAUUUGCUUUUAUCUAUAUGGAAGAUGAAAGAGAUGCUGAGGCUGCUAUUCGUGCUCUUGAUCGAGUAGAAUUUGGUCGGAAGGGACGUAGACUCCGUGUGGAAUGGACAAAGCAUGAACGUGGUGUUAGAAGGCCUUCUAGUUCAAGAAGAUCUUCAGCUAAUGGGAGGCCAUCAAAGACCUUGUUUGUAAUUAAUUUUGAUACAUACCAUACCAGAACAAGGGACUUGGAGAGGCACUUUGAACCAUAUGGCAAAAUAGUCAGUGUUAGGAUCAGAAGGAAUUUUGCUUUUGUUCAGUAUGAAUCAGAGGAUGAUGCUAGCAGAGCACUGGAAGCUACAAAUAUGAGCAAGUUACUGGAUCGAGUUAUUUCAGUUGAAUUUGCUGUUAAAGAUGAUGAUGAUAGGAGAAACGGAUAUAGCCCUGAGAGAGGCCGUGAUCGUCAACGAGAUAGAAGCCGUGAUGGAAGACGGUCCCCUAGUCCUUAUAGGAGAGAAAGAGGCAGUCCUGAUUAUGGCCGUGGGCCCAGUCCAUAUCAGAGAGAGAGGGGUAGCCCUGACUAUGGUCGUGACCGAAGCCGUAGCAGAAGCCCCCCUAGGAGAGAGCGAGCUAGCCCUGCAUAUGGGCGUAGAAGCCCUAGUCCAUAUAGAAGAGAAAGGGAGGGUUCUGACCCAGUUCGUGACUCCAGCCGCAGUCCUUAUCACAAAGAGCGAGGGAGAACUGACCAUGGCAUUUCUCCUUCUCAUAGUCCCGAAGAAAGGGGGAGGAAAAGCCCUCAAAAUGGUCGCGGUUCUAGCCAGAGUCCUCGUGAUACUGGGAAGGCUACCCCUGAAAAUGGACAUGGUGCUGGAAGCCCUGAUGAAAAAGGGAAUCCCAGCCCUUACAAUGGUUAUGGAAGGAGCCCAAAUACUGUACCUGAUCCUAGGGACAGUCCCAAUUAUGGUGGUCCUGAAAGUCCCAUGCAUGAAAGAUAUCGCAGCCAGUCCCCCCCUGCAGACGAAUGA